UUUCAUCCUUUUCUUUUAUUAUUUGGGCAAAGGAUGUCGCGGGUUACCCUAUACCUGAAGCAUGGCUUUUCUUGACACGUUACCGAUACCCGAGAACUUUUUUCGAUCCGAAUCCGGUCCGAAGAAAAUUUUGAAACACGAAACCCGGCCCAUCUUUUUCUCAACCCGUGACAUUCCUGAUCUGGGCAUACCAAAAUUUUUUAAUCCUAGAUUCAAACGUCGUGAGGCUCGCUCCCAACAUCAACCAUUGCCCCAACUUAGUGCUGAUCUUCAUUCGGCAAUUAAUAGUGCUCUAAAUGCUCCUGUUCAAAAUAUUCCAUCAACUGCCUUUAUGCCUCCAAUGUUGGCUUCACAAUCUUCUAGUGGCAGUUUAAAUAUUCAGCAAUUAGUUAAUAAACAGCCAACUAUGCCAGCGAGCAUUCCACAACAUAUUGUGGCGCCUACACAAUCUUUUAAGAAAAAAUCUGGACCUGGAAGGCCUAAAGGAUUUAUUCCGGGACUUGGAGUUCAACCAUCAGUUAUGGAAGGCGUCAGCAGUAUUAGUGCACCAUCCUUAGCGCAGAAUUUAGUUCCGUCUUCUGUGGCUAUUCAACAAGUUCCAACACUGGUUCCUCCUCAAAAACAACCACUGCCGCAACAACAACCAUUGCAAAGCAAUUUGAUUGGGCCGCCAACUUCAACUGCAGCAGUUCCACAACAACAACUUAUGUCACAAAUGCAAUCACAACAACAGCCACAACAACAAGGAUUUGCUGGAGCUGGUGGUGGUGGUGGUGUUGGCAGACGUGGACGUAAACCUGGUUCGAAAAAUAAACCUAAAACAGAGAAAGCUGCUAAAGAAAGUUCAGCAGCGCCUAGACGGGAAUAUGAAUUCAAUUCAGAGGAUGAACAUGCGACCGAGCCAAUGACAUAUGAUGAAAAGCGGCAACUUUCUAUGGAUAUAAAUAUGUUGUCUGCUGAUAAAUUGUCAACUGUUGUCAACAUUAUUGAAGCUCGUGAGAAGAUCACGGAUUUUAAUCCAGAGGAAAUCGAGAUUGACUUUGAGACGCUCAAACCGGUGACACUUCGGGAUUUGGAGGCUUAUGUUAAAAUGUGUGGUUUGGCUAAAAAGAAGGAGGUUCCGAUGAAUGUUUCCAAUGGAAGUGUUCAAAUGCCGAACAAAAAUCAACAAGAUCCGGGGAGCGUUAAAAACUCUUCACUUGUUUCAACUGUAAGUCGACAACAACAGCCACCACCACCAUCUUCUCAACAGCAACAAAAUAUUUCAAAGGAUGAAUCAUCUUCAGAUUCUGAUUCAAGUGGUGGUACUUCGUCUUCAGAGGAUUCUAGUGAUUCUUCAGAUACUGAAUCAGAAGGGAAGCCAACACCACGUAAACAAGCACCACCUGUAAUGAAUGCAAACAAUGCAAAUAAUAAUAAUAAGGUGUCAAUUGAAAAUUGUACUAUCAAUGGAGAAAUUGAUCAAUUAAAGAUAUUUCCUCAACAAAUGCAAAAUACUGCUGGUGUUGGUGCUCCAAAUGUUGUUGGUGUUCCGUCCAAUGCUGUCUCAAAUGUUCAAAAUAAAAAUGCGAGGAUUAGUCCUCAACAACAGCAAGAUAAUUCUCAAAUUGCUUCAACAAUAGGCGUGCCUCCACCGCAGCCUUCCUCUCAUGUCCACAGUGGAGCUGCUCCUUUGUUUCAAUCAACUAAUUCAACAGAGAUGAGUGCUGGAACAGCUGGCUCUGUUCUUGAUUUAUUACUUCCAACAGGAAAUGAUGACAAAGGAGGGGGAGCGGGAAAUGUUGGAAUAACAAAUAAAACUUCUUGGAGUUCUUUGGCACAACGACCUGGUGGAGAAGGUGGACAAACAGCAAAUUCAACGGUUGCUGCAAGUGCUGCUUUUGAACAAUUUCGAAUGAAAGCUAGGGAAAAAGAAGAAAGGAAGCGUUUGUUAAAAGAAGAAGAAGAAAAGCGUCGUAAGCUGAGAGAACUUGAACAACUUCAACAACAACAGCAGCAACAACAGAUUCCAGCUGUUAAUUCAAAUGGAGCUUCUUCAACAGAACUUGUACAACCGCCUACAAAACCACAAAUUGAUCAAGAUGAGAUUAAUCGAAGAAGAGAAAUGGAGAAGGAGCGAAGAAAACGUGAGGAAAUGGAACAUGUUGAUAUGACUAGCCAAAUGGAGUUGAUGGCAAAUUUUGAAAUGCGAUUUUAAAAAAUAAAAAUAAUGUGAAAAAAAAUUUAAAAAAUAAGUAUAAGGUAAAUAUUUGACUAUAC